AGGAGACAGUGGAAACGACGACAGGUGGUACGGGAAGAAGGGCGGCGCACGCUCUCGCAGGACACCCAAAGGAUAAGAAGAGAAAACGGGAAAUCAAAGGCCGCCAAGUGCACCGAUAAACGAGGGAGAAAGAAAAAGAAAAGAAGAAGGAAACCAACGAAAGACGCACACGGAAGAAUAUCCUGUGGAUAUCGCGGCGGGGUAGCCGGGUGGGUCGAUUCUCGGUGUAGCCAUCGAAAGAUUGGAUUAUCUCUCCGGCCACGCCAGACCAGAUAGUGCAGGUUCACGGAAGCCGGGUAAAUAAAAGUGACAAAAGGGACCGGAAGAAAUUGGCAACGCGGACGCGGUUUCCUCGAGGAGCACAUGCCCCGCGUCAGAGAUCAUUGAGUUCACCUCGCGGACGGAAUUCCAGAAGCCAUGUCCUUGGAACGGUUUUACGUUACGGCGACGACACUCGUGCUGUUGACGUGUUUAGGCACCAGCGUGGGUUGGCCGUUUCUGGAGCACACUACCGUUUCAUCGCCUAGGAAAUUUUUCAAAUCUAGCGUUGUCCAGGCGGUGUCGAUUGUCCCCAAGCAGCACGAUGCUAAGAAUGGAGUACGCGCGUCAGAGGUCGACAAUUUGCCGCCCUCGAUCGGCGUCAACUUCUACAGAUUGCCUCCUUCGCCAGCCAACUUGUUGAAACCUGAUGGCUUUCAAUUCUACACGUACAACGAGAAAGGCGACAUGAUCACGAAACAGAUGACCAUGCAGGAGAUUCAAUCUCUAAUCGCAGCGGGGGGACCGGAUCAUUCCAACAUGGGAAUCCAGGAGCCCCAGAAAGCGGAAGAUAUCCUUACCGGAGGGAAGAAGGUAAUGGACGUCGUUGAAAAGGUGCAGAGCGUUUUGAAGAGCGCCAUGGACAAACCAUCGACGUUAACAGGCGCGAUUCCCAAUUCUGUCCCAGAGAAGGUGAACGUCGAGUGGAGCAACAUAUUGCCCGCUAUUCUGGCUGGCGAAAAGUACCCUGAGAAAAUCGACGAACCUCGACCCGUCGAAGAAGCCACCUCCUCCUCAACGGCCUGGAAAGAUCCGUUCUCCGAUUCGAUGAAACUCAACGUCACCGGGACGGUUUUGUCGGAGCCUGGCGAGGCUACGGAGUCCGUAGAGCAAAAGGAAGAACCCAUUAGGCACCAGAACAAAACGCAAAAACCGUCUUCAACCGUCACAGAAUCAACGAUUACGUACACAGAGAAGUUAAUGAUUCCUGUACCAGUCAUCACGGCAGAGCACAAGCCUCCGACCAUGUACCACACUACUCAGAGUAGCGCGUUGUUCCAGAAGAUAACCGAGAUGGUGCCUCUGGAAACUGGGUUUGGAGAAAGUCCUGACCACGAUAAGAGUCCUCUUCUAUCCUCUUCUGUGCCCACGAAAGAUGAGGAUGAUAGCACUCUGCUGGCAAGUACAAUGGUAACUUCAAAGUCCUCUGUCACAGAGGAAACCAUGCGUUUACCCACGACGGAAACGAAAACUAAACCUGUAGACACUUUGGUAAACGAGAGCUUAGACAGUGAUUCAACGACAAAGUCUGUAACGGACUCUGACAAAACAGAAGCCGUGGCUAACGAAUCGUUCACAACCCCUUCGCAGUUUUCUUCAACCUUUGCUCCAAGCACAGAUAAAUCAGCUAUGGAAUCAUCGACGAUGACACAUGACACGAUAACAAAACUGAACACAACUGAGAUGGAGGAAACACAACCCAUAAAACCGCUAUCCGCAGAGUUAGAAAAUUCCCUAUCCAGUAUGAUCAAUCAGAUCUCCGAAGGGCUUGGCUCUUCCGUGUUGCCUAUGUCUUCGGAACUGGAAUUGCCCCAGGAGGGAAUCGUGGAUAAACACAGGAACAGUUCUGAGACCCAAACGAGCACUACAGUAUCGAUGAUUGACACAACGAAGUCAACGAUGCAAGAGGAAGAACCACCCAACGUGGAAAGUACGAUAUUCAAAGAGCCCAUUCAAGAAUCAACCACCAAGACAACUAUGAAUCUCAAAGUUGAAAAGGAUAAAGUUUCGACGAGUACAACACCUGUAGAAGAAACGAUGAGCUACUCUGAUGCAUUGACAAAGUCCGACGACAUUCGCAACGCGACGGAAACGACCAAUUUGAUUCCCUCGACCUCUUCCUCGGAAACUAUGAGUAAAAUAACGACUUUCAGUCCCUUUGAUUCCCCACAGACAAAUGCCACUCAGACAUUGAACAGCGAGUCGAUGGCGAUCAUCGAAGGUAUACUUCAAACUAUUUCAGCCGAAACGAACAGCCCUGUUACGGAGGCAGUCACGAUGCCCAACAUUUUGCCAGAGAAUCUUCCCACCAAAACGUUGGCGAGUGGGCUCGUGGCUGGCUUCGGAACAACCGAGUCGAAUGCAUCGCAAGAUGCAACAACUUCCUUGCCAGAUAAACUUGGAUCCAUAGACGUGACGCCGUGCUCGAAGUCGACCACAUCUCUGAAACUGGAGACGCAAACCUCGACGUCUAUUUUACCGACUGUCGAAACGGAAGAGAAGAGUUCGAGCGAGAAUCAAACUCAAGAGGCGAACGAGGACGUGUUGAAAGUGUCUCAAUCACCAAGUCUACAGGAGGAACCAGUAAUACUGGAAACAACGGUACGAACAGUGUCCGUUACGCCUGCCAGCGUGGAAUAUUCUCAAAUGGAGAACGACGAGCCAUCGACCGUGUCUAAAACCACGUACUCGAUGUCUACGACCGAGUCUUCUCCUGUUGAUGUCACCUCGAAGGUCGUUACCGAUCGAAUCAACUCCUCUUCGACAGAUAUCGUGCAGUCAGAUGACGAAUCCACGACGAUGGCUAGCAACGAAAGCUUCGCGAACACUGAAGUGUCCAGUAUCAGACCUGACUCUCAAAACCAGGGACAAGAAAAUGUUUCCAGCACAGAGUUCGUGGAGGUGGCACCACGGCCAGAAAGAAUCCCACCAGAAGCGCUGAAAAAAGACGAUGCCACCUUGAUGACCCACUCUGAGGAAGAUGUCCUGGGGAAACCAUUGUCAGAACCCGUGGACGAAACUGUGAACGACACGAUUAUAGCUCAGGAUAAAUUGUCAACGAAAGGGAACGAAUCGACUGUCAUUACAAAUUUGUUGGACACUGAGAAGCAAUCGGUUGGAACAUCAAUGACGUCCUCAAUGGACGCCAGUACAACAGAAGCUUCUUUAAAAGAAGAAGUGGAACUUCAAAGUAAUGAAAGCAAGAUUGAUACAACAACCUUUGCAUCCAUUGACAAAGAACCAGUCACCAGCGCGAAGGAAUGGUCCUCCACUACUAGCUUACCGACUAUUAGCGCAGAAGAGUCGUACCAAAAUUCCAAUUUUAGCGAGGCAAAUGAAACUGACGCGAGCACCAUAAAAACAAAUUCAACUCUGGAACCAGGACUUUCGAUUCUUGAUAGCUUACAAGCGAAUCAAACGUUUAAAACAGAAUCGACAGACCUACCAAUCGUCGAUACAACAGUAUCCAACGGAACUUUAAACUUGAACAAAUCAGAAGAAUCUCAGGAAAACACUAUAAAACCCAGUAAUUCAACCAUGGAAUUGGGACUCUCAAACCCUCAUACAACUCAGGCAAAUCAGACACUUGAAAACUUUGGAGAUUCAAGCUCGAGCAAGAAACCUAUCACCAGUGAAGAGGAGUCAACCUCGACGACAACCAACUUGCCAUCUAUCGGCACAAAAGCGCCCAUAAACGCUUCAACCUCAGAUAUAUCCAACGAGUCUUACGAAAGUAUCACAAACAUAAGCGAUGCGUCUAUGAGACCUGGAAUCCAAGCUCCUCAGAGUCCCCAAGCUAAUCAGAUGUUGGGAAACGUAGGCGAUUCCACCUCGAGCAAGGUAAACGGUACAGACGUCGAUGGGGAGCACAAAUGGCAGCGGAUAUCUUUGCAUCAGACAGCUUCCCCGUCGUCGACGAAAUUUGCUGCGACCAAGAAGCCACCAGGAGUAUCAACUAUACUAGAGACAACAUCUACGGAAGCAGGAACGCGUUUCCAAACAACGACGACCGCCCCAUUGAGCGAGGCCGACACGAUAGUGUCCUUAAACGCCUCGAAGAGUAUGAACGGCCUGGACACCAGCACCAGAAACGCUAGCAUCGAUAUCAUCAAUUUCUCCAGGCUUUGCAACGAAUUAGCAUUCAAAUUUUGGAUAUCAGCGAACAAGGGAUUAAGCACUGGGAGGUCCCUGGCUCUCUCACCGUUCGGGAUGAUCAGCAUGUUAGCCAUGAUCUUCCUCGGCGCACGGGGAUCAACGUCUGAACAGAUGAACGAAGUCCUAGGACUGGACAACGUGGCCACCUUCAAUCCUCAUUUAAUCUUUCAAAACGUGACGGACACUGUGAGCUUGGCCAGACACCAGGGCAUUGCCAACGCUGCCUUCGUUCGCGAGCUGUUCGCAGACAAGAUCAAGGUCAGGAAGUUGUUGCCAUUCUAUAAGGAACAGGCCCAACAGUUCUACGAAGGAUUGGUAGCCGAGGUAAAUUUCGCCACCAUCAGCGACCUGGCGCGUCGUCGGACCAAUCUCCUCAUCAGGAAGCAAACUGGAGGCAGGAUAAAGGAUUUCGUGAAGAGUAACGCUGUUCCUUUAAGGUCGCCGCUUGCUGCAAUCUCAGCGAACGUGUUCCAAACGGAUUGCAACACCAGUUUUGUCAGCACCACAGGUCGGGACGGGGAAUUGUACUUUGCAGUGUCCUCAGCAUCCAGAUUGAGGAAGCUGAUCCCAGUUCCAGCUACUGUCUGGCGGUCGAACGUACUUGCAGGUUACGAACCGAGUUUGGACGCUACCGCUGUUGCCCUCGGUGGUGUUGAUAAGCUCGUCUCGACGAUAUUCCUCCUGCCCGGUCAACAAGGUCACGCAGCGCCUGGGGACACGUUGGAUCGUCUCGAGCAACGACUCCUUAAAGGUGCAUUCCAAGACGGAACCUGGAACAAACUCCUCAAGGUUCUUAUACCAAGGCCAGGUCUCGAAUUGCAGAUACCUAAGUUUAGUCACCGAUCGGUGGUCAACGCCACCGCCGCCUUGAAGAGGAUGGGUCUCGAUCGGUUAUUUACCAACGACGCUGACUUUAAGGGCAUCAAUGGUGGAAUAGGGAAUCGUCUGUUUUUGUCUGAUGUUUUACAGAUGAAUCUGUUCAGUACGUGCGGCGACGAAAAUAUCGGCAACGGACGUCACCACGUGGAAAUUUACCCAGCGAGUCCCUCCCUGCGAAAUUCUCAAUACGAAGAGCAUCGUAUGCUAGACGCUGAGAAGAAACUAGAUAGCGAUUCGGUGAUCGAUGUUUUGUCAAAGAACUACCGCAGUAUUUCGACCAGGGGGUCGAUAAGAAACACCGAAAGAUCGGAAAACAAACCCAGAUUGAAACUGGAUCAACCGUUCCUCUAUUUCGUGCGGCACAAUCCAACGGGUCUCAUCCUUCAUACGGGCCGUUUCAAUCCUAGACUGCUGUAAAUUCAUCACGCAGAAUCAUUCGUCUCAUUUUGGUCUAUUUAAUUUCACAUCUUAUUCGCGUACAAUCGAAUCGAUGAGUAUUUUUGUCGUUGUUUCCAUUCGCGUUACGCUUAGUCUGAUUUUUAAAUUCCACGUUCACGCGUUGGUCGUUGGACAAACGGAAUAGCGUCACGCGAAUAUCUGUUAAGUUAUUAUUGAUAAUGUUUGUACGCGAAUAUGGUUACAUUAUAAUACGCUUCUGCGAUAUUAAGUAUGCUUUAGUAUCAGCAGAAUCGGUAAGAACGAACGGUUGUUGAAGAUGCUGUCGUAACAGCGACUCAGCCGAGGGUUUUAAUCUUCUAUCGCAUGAGUUUUACCGAAUUCUUCGGAGAGGAAUUAUUUUUUGGAUAUUUAUACGUCUAUGAGUUAAUUAAGUGGGCUUGCAGGGCUACAAAUUUCCUUAGGGGAAUUCACAGAAAUUGCUUUCAUUGGAAUAUCAUUGGUGUGACAACGUAUUAUGCGAUAGAGGGUUAAAGGACGACUCGAGAUUAGGUUAAUUAGUAUUUUUAUUUAAAAAAGACAGAGGAGAUAUAUAUUUCGGAAUAUUUUCGAACAAGAAUUAAAAUAAACGAUUAUAAUGAA